AUGGCGGAUAGCAAUGAAAUGAAGAAAGUUGUCGUUGCGGGAGGAACAGGUUCAGUUGGCCGAAAUAUUGUGGAUGCUAUUGUCGCAACUGGAAAAUAUGCUGUUAUCGUAUUUUCACGUCAACAACCAUCGAAUCCAGUACCUAAAGGCGUCACACUGAUUAUCGUUGAUUACAACGAUCAUUAUCAACUUCACCAAACUUUAAAGAAUGUGCAUACCGUCAUAUCAUGCAUUGGCGAUUUAGAUGAAUCUUGUCGAGAUGCUCAAAUUGCCCUACUACAUGCUUGUCUCAAAGCUGGCGUCAAACGCUUUGCACCAUCGGAAUGGGCUGGUUCCAGUGAGAGAAAUAUCUCUAUUGAAUUAUAUACAAAAGUGAAGAAACCUGUUGUCGACGCAGUGAAAUGUUCUGGUAUUGAAUAUACUUUAUUUCUAAACGGAUUAUUCAUGGAUUAUUUUGCAUCACCACAGCAAAGUAACCCUUAUCUGGAACCAAUGCCUUUCGGUGUUGAUAUGAAUAAAUGUACUGCGCGCUUUGUUGGUACUGGCGAUGAACCGUUCAAUGUUACUCUAUUGGAAGAUGUGGGAAAAUUUGUUGCUGCUGCACUUGAUUUAGAACACUGGGAACUUCAUUCAGGUAUUGUUGGAUCACGAACAAGUUGGAAUGAAGUUAUUCGACUAGGAGAAAAAGUUCGAGAGCAAAAGUUUGAAGUAGAACGGUUAACCGUUGAUGAAAUAUUAGCUACACGAAAUCAAGAAUCUGCUAAUUCCAUGGAAGCAUUUUAUGCUGACGCCAUGAUUCAUUUCGCUCAAGGGGAAAUGGAGUAUGAAGCAACUUUGAAUGAACAUUUUCCAGCGAUGCAAGUUACAAAAAUCGAUGAAUUUAUCGAAAAAUGGUGGAAGAAUAAGCAGAAACAAGUCUUGUGA